AUGGAGUUCAUGAAGUUUGAACAAUUUCGGGAUAUAUUGAUCUUGCCAAACCCCAACCUCCGGCAGACAUUUGAACAAUAUCACUCCAUCUGGGGUGGUAUAGACCUUAUGGUAGAUCCAAGGCAAGCUGACGGUUGGGACAGCCUGGCCCUGCUGCAGCAAUACCUAUCUGGCCUGCAAAUGCUGGAGUCUAUUGUUCCGGUAUGGCCCCUGUCCAAAGAGAUGCUGCAUGCUUCCCUGAAAUUCAAUGUAAUUAUCAAUGUCGACCAAAUUGCAUCCAGGACGGUCAAUUCCCCAAGACCCCUGACCACACUCCUUUCUCACAAUGAUGUCUCACAAUCCUUUGAAGGCUGUAUUCUCAAACGUGAAGGCAGCGAUUGCAACUGGCAUGUUUUAUUACCUGGCAAAGUGGAUCCGUUGAAUCUGCCACCGGAUCGUGGUCACUUCAGGUGGCUAAAGCAAUCGUAUGUACCAACCCUUCAGAAGCUAGGAGAGUGGUGGAUUAUCUUGGUGGAUUGUCAGCCAUUGUGGGUGGUGCACAUGGCUCCAGGAAAUGGGGAAGGGGAGUGGGUCUUCUUGCAUCAGGAUGCUGGUCCAUCACUGGCAGAAAUGAGGUGGGUUCUUCAAUUGACCAGCCGUCACGAUCUGAUUGGUAUUGUUACAGCUGAUUUGGAAACUAUGCGGAAUCACAAAAUCAAACCUUGA